CCCGCUUCGCAUAUGUCGACCAAUGUCGACGCGGCGGAGAUCAGCGGAGAUUACUUCGACAGCUGAUAAUGGUGGAAGCAGAACGUAAUGCGAAUAGAUAACGGUGUCUUCGUCGCAGAGAAGGGGAUGCGUCAAGUUCAAAUACUUCGCGAAUCGGUACGACACUGUGCCUCAACACUGCAAGAACGAUCAAGUCGUCGUCUGAUCUUUCGGGUCGUCAAGAUCUUUGCUAAAAAUUCCAUCGUCCACUAUUCGUGAUUUUGUCGAGUUCGGCGGUGAUUAUGGACAGAACCCGACUUACGUACGUCACAACUGCUGCUGUGGGUGUUAGUACGGCGGUUUUCUUCAUCUGGUGGUGGUGGAAUAGAAAACAAAAGCCUCAGCCACCGUCAAAGUGGCGAAAAGUCGGAGAACUAAGUGAUAUAAUGGUGUUCCCGGUUAAAUCACUCGGUGCAGUUCGCAUGACUGAAAUGGAAUGUACGACAUUGGGACUGAAGUCCGGAUGGUUGAGGGAUCGAACAUUGCUUGUUAUCGAUCUCGAGGGACGAUUUCUCACCGCCAGACAAUUUCCCAAAAUGGUCAAUAUAUCGCCUAGUUUUUCCGGUUCUGUGCUUACGCUUCGUGCUCCAGGCAUGAUGGCGAUAUCGGUGGAUCUUACACAAUUCUGUGGCAAAAGUUUCCGAGUCGCUGUAUGGGGUCAAGCGGUACCGGCACGCGAUUGUGGUGAGGAAACUGCCCGAUGGCUGUCGCGUUUUCUUUUUCAGGAAGAUGCCGGAUGUCGACUGGUUUAUUAUCCGUUAGAUCGACCAGUGAGAUCAGUGAGACAGAGAAAUCUAAAAGCAUUUCCUUUACUACAAGAGAUAGACUCGGGGGCCUAUCCAGACGAAACAAGCUUUAGUAUGAUCAACGAAGCUUCAGUAGCAGACCUUAAUAACCGACUAGAUGAACCAGUCACACCACAGAAUUUUCGCAUGAAUUUCGUGGUUAAAGGCGCCACAGCUUUUGAAGAAGAUAAAUGGGAUUGGGUAAAGAUCGGGAACGUGAUUCUGAGAAACGUUAGGCCCUGCACAAGAUGCAUCUUUACUACCAUAGAUCCAGAAACCGGCACAAAACAUGCUAAUGCAGAGCCUCUGAAGACUUUGAAAACUUAUAGACAGAUAAUCGAUCCGCAAAUUCGACCUUCAACUGGUGACAGUCCAGCUAUGGGAAUUCAUCUUGGAUUACGAGGGCCAAGCGGAAUGGUCCGCUUAGGUGAUCCAAUUUACGUGGGCAUCCCGGAAGAGGAAACAUCAUCUUUGAUUUCACCAUCAUAGCUA